AUGCGGCAAGAAAUGCCCGACAUGGUAGUCGCUUGCCUUAGUGAUUUCGGUGGUAUAGCAUCAUGUCUAAGAAAUUUUCGAACCGACUUUUUGGAGGAGUGGCCAACCCCUGGAACGGGACCCCAUUUCGAUACCUCCAUGCAAUCGAACUUCACCGGAUUGGUGGGGAAAACUGUGCAUCUGGUGUGCAAAGUAAAAAACCUUGGAAAUCGAACGGUUUCCUGGGUAAGGCACCGAGACAUACACUUACUAACGGUUGGUCGUUACACGUACACGAGCGACCAACGUUUCGAAGCUCAGCACUUUCCACACACCGAAGAGUGGACGCUGAGGAUACGUUAUCCUCAGCGCAAAGACUCCGGGAUUUAUGAGUGCCAAAUAUCAACAACACCGCCUAUCGGCCAUCCUGUUUAUCUAACGAUAGUCGAGCCAAUUACUAUUAUUAUUGGAGCUCCCGAUCUGUUCGUCAACAAGGGUAGCACCAUUAACCUGACUUGCGUGGUGAAGUAUGCUCCAGAACCACCGCCCAUGAUGAUAUGGAGUCACAACACAGAGGUAAUUAAUUUUGACUCGCCACGCGGCGGUAUCAGCUUGGUGACGGAGAAAGGACCCGAAACGACUAGCCGGUUAAUGAUCCAGAAAGCCGUACCGAGCGACUCUGGGAUCUACACAUGCGAGCCAAGCAACGCGAAUCCCAGCAGCAUCAAGGUGCACGUUGUUAACGAGGAACAUCCGGCUGCGAUGCAUCAUGGGGACGGAAGUUCGUCGUACGCCAGAGCAUGGCCGAUCUGUUUUAUAAUUUUAAUAAUAUUAAACGUAAUAUUUAUAUAAGGGGAAAAAAAAGAAAAGCUCGCAAGAAAAAAAGAAGACAGAAAAAGAAAGGACACGUACAUACCCGACACGAUAUUGCAAGGCGAUUUUAAACGAUCGCAUCGCCAAUGAUCGUUAACGUUCUUUGGGUAAAUAUUUGUGCAGGGUAAAACCGAAUAUUACCUACAUUUACAUUGAAUUUCCGUGACCAAAAGAGUUUUCGAAUAUCAG